GACCAAAAAUGAAAGAACGACAGGAUGAGUGGGUGUGGGCUUGUUCAUACGGUUAGUUUAAGGUUUAGGAAUCAUCACCCGUAUCACUAUUUUAACGGGGAAUCUAAGAGAUAUGGUGGUUUAGAUUUCAGUCACAAACACUUUUUGAUAUCAAAUGCCAACACCAAGACCAUGCUUCUUGCUGCUGCAGCUUCUUCUUCAGCGGCCGGUGGUGCCACUUAUCCUGAGCAAUUGUUGGAUGCGAAAGAGAAGCAGAAAAGGAAGAGAAUAGCUGGCGUUGAUCAGGAUGAAUUGCUGGAUCCGACGCUUUUAGCUGACCCAGAUAGUUGUUUUUGUGAGUUCAAAGGAGUCCAUAUACACCACAAGGUAUAUGAUGCAGAAUCACAAACGGAUGGGAGCCAGAUUCUUUCACAACUCCCUCAACAAACAAAGAAAAUUGAUUUCCCAAUGAUUUUGUUGCAUGGAUUUGGAGCCUCAGUUUUCUCGUGGAGACGAGUUAUGAAGCCUUUGGCUCAUGUGACUGGCUCUAAAGUGCUUGCCUUUGAUAGACCAGCCUUUGGGUUGACUUCAAGGGUAUUUUCUUUUCAGCAUUCAACUCCUGAUACUGAGGAUAAAAAGCCUUUAAAUCCCUUCUCCAUGGCAUUUUCUGUGCUUGCUACUUUGUAUUUCAUUGAUUUCUUGGCGGCUGAGAAGGCAAUUAUAGUAGGGCAUUCAGCUGGUUCCCUUGUGGCACUUAAUUCUUAUUUUGAAGCUCCUGAACGAGUUGCUGCUCUCAUCCUUGUUGCCCCUGCUUUAUUGGCCCCACGCAUAUUACAGAAGUUUGUUGAAGGAAAUCCCCUGGAAAGAAAUGACCAGAUUAAGAAAGAUGGAUCAGAUUCUUUUAAUCUAGUAAAGCCGUUUGUCAAGCUUUAUGGGAUUUUGUCAAUGUUUACCAAUUACAUUAUACGAGCUGUAUUGCGAGUGGCAAAGGGAAUGGUUGAUAUGGCCAGUUUUCUGUAUAAAAAAUUAUUGUCGACUGUUCUGCGUUCUGCUUUUGCUGUUAUGCUGGUAAGAAUGAUAAUUGAUAAAUUUGGUACAGCUGCUGUAAGGACUGCAUGGUAUGAUUCCAAAAAAGUUACAGAGCACACCCUUGAGGGUUAUACAAAGCCAUUAAGGGCUAAAGAUUGGGAUAGGGCUCUCGUGGAAUUCACAGCGGAAAUGCUAACAAAUAGUGAAUCAGAACCAAAGCAGCCACUGGCAAAAAGACUUAAUGAAAUCUCAUGUCCUGUUCUCAUUGUCACCGGUGAUACUGACCGAAUUGUACCUGCCUGGAAUGCUGAGAGACUUUCACAAGCCAUACCAGGAUCUAGCCUUGAAGUGAUUAAGAAUUGUGGCCACUUGCCUCAUGAAGAAAAAGUAGAGGAGUUUGUUUCAGUUGUUGAGAGGUUUCUGCAAAGAGCUUUUAGCAGUUCAGAGGUGAGCAAGCAAGUAGUAACCUAAAAUUAGGAUGUUUUGCAGAUAAUUCUUAAUAGAAGUUUGGUAAGUAUCUAUCAGAAGGAUUUUGCUUUCGGAGGAGGGAAGGAAAGAAACUCUCUUUGUGGAAAUCUUAAGCGAUGACUAUUUUUUUUAAGUUCAUUGGUUGGAGACUGAAUAAACACUCUGUUGAAAGAGUUGUGCUCUUCAAAUUUGCAGCAUCUAGUGGAGAUUGUAUUCCCCAUUGAUGUUAUGAUGGUUACGAAAACUUUUAGUACUGUCCAGUCCAGUCCAGGGAGACAGGUGAUACAUGUUAUAUUUUUCAGAUGUAUGGUUGUAAUAGAUAUGUUUAAGGUCUUCAUUAUGCUAAUUUUUGUAUACACUAAACUAUUCUUUCUGCUAAUAUAAUUUGAGGUCUGUAUAACCUCACAAUGGCAUAAA